AUGUUAAUCCGGAGGAUAAAAAGAAUCACCGAAGCUCCAUGGGAGUUCCAAAGAUCGAUCUGGUCGGUAUAUUUAGGCGACCCAUCGCGUAAGAAGGCUCUAGAGAUCACAGACGAGGUGGUUGCGGCCAUGAUUAGAGCGCUACCGAAGUUGAAGCAUAGAAAGACGCUCGAACACGCACCUUGGCCACCGAAGCUCGUGUAUCUCGAGCUCAGUGGCCAGCAACUGCCCGCCAGUAUUAUCCAAUACUUCGAGUAUUGGACUAGCAGAAAGAGAAGUGCAGAGCCUGGAGAGAGCCUAGAAAUUGUCUACAACUUCGGACCGUAUUACAUCUUCUGGCGUGACGGCUUUCCGCGGUGGUGCAAGGAUUGGCCGUUCCAGAGAGAGGGCGCUUGGCAUCGAAACACUGACUGGGUACUGGGGCUCGAACCAGACGAGGAAGCUGGCGAGGAAGCUGGCGAGGAGUCUGGCGAGGAGUCUGGCGGGGCAUCUGAUGAGGGAUUCUACGAAAUAUCCGACUAG